UAGACGUAGCUGUAAACUUCAUUUAAUUUUUUUCCCCAGUUUUAUGUAAGCGUGUUAUUUACGCUGUUGCUGAACAAACCAAGGCACGGCACAACAGGUAAAGGGAUGACCGCGAUUUCUUUACAUUCCUAUUAAAAAAGGCGUAAGAAAGGGAAAUAAGUGAAAAUGAGCAGAGGCCGGGGAGUAAGAAAAAAGUUUGCUGUGGAUCAUCUGGAAAAAAACCUUGAAGAAUUCAGCCCAGAUAUUCUUAAUGAAGUCAAAGAACUCUUCUGCAAAAUUGUUACAUAUGCUAAACCACCCUCCGGGGAAUGGCUUAUCCCAGACCCCAACGAAGCCCUAAAGUACGAGCUCCAAAAGGACGAGAGACUCCAGGCUCUCAAAGAGUCUCUGAAUGAAGUUAAAAAUCAACUCAGCGACAAGAACCUUGAAGUGUGGCAUCGGCACACCAGCUUUACCAACAAGGCUGGCAAGGUCAUCUCCCAUGUGAGGAGCAUGGUUAACGCUGAAAUAUGCACCCAGGCAUGGUGCAAGUUCUAUGAAAUCCUGGGCACCUUCCCCCUGCUUCCCGAACAGGCCCUUCGUAACGGCGAGCUCAACUCUGUGCAUCUCUGCGAGGCACCUGGUGCUUUCAUCGCCAGCCUGAACCACUACCUCAAGUCCAACUCUCUGCACUGUGACUGGACCUGGGUGGCCAACACUCUUAACCCCUACCAUGAGGCCAACGACAAUGGCAUGAUGAUAAUGGACGACCGGCUCAUUGCCAACACCCUGCCCUGGUGGUUCUUUGGCUCUGACGAUACCGGUGAUAUCAUGAUCCAGAAGCACCUGCUGGAACUGCAACACUUCACCAAGAGCAUGCGCUCCAUUGACUUGGUCACGGCAGAUGGCAGUUUCGACUGCCAGGGUAACCCAGAUGAACAGGAAGCGAUAGUGGCGCCAUUGCACUAUUGCGAGGCUGUCAGUGGUUUGAUGCUGCUCAGCACUGGUGGCUCCUUUGUUUUAAAGAUGUUCACCUUGUAUGAGUAUUCUUCUGUCUGUCUGCUUUACCUCCUAAACUGCUGCUUCAAAACUGUCCAUGUUUUUAAGCCUGCAACUAGCAAAGCCGGUAACUCUGAAGUGUAUGUAGUGUGUGUGGAGUACACUGGGAAAGAAGCUGUGAGGCCUUUGCUCUCCAAAAUGAUACGGAACUAUGGCAAAGAUAUAGCCAACCAAGCCCUCUUUCCCAAACAUUUAAUCCCAGAAUCCUUUUGGAAGCAACACCAAGAAUGCUGUGCCUUCUUCCAUAGACACCAGGCUAACACUAUCAAUGAGAACCUUCGCUUGUUUUGCUGUAUGAAUGAGGAACAAACCCAAAGGCUGAAUCUGCUACGGGACUGUGCCGCAGAGUUCUACCUGCAGAGGUUUCAGGUACAAUACCUCCACAGAAGCAAAUGGCUUUCCAAAAACGCCCUUCCUGGCUGCAAUCUGAACAGUAAAUUAUUUGGCCAUAGGAAGCAGGUUGGUUCGUUCAACGAAAGGAAGGAACUGGAGACACUGGCCUGGAAGGAUAAGGUGGAAAGAGGAUAUUAUAGAGCUUUUAUUGAAGAGCAUGUUUUGUGUGGUUUUGGCAACAACUGUGUGUUGAGAGGACCGGCAAGUGAUGCAGAAUUUGAGUCCUGGUACGUCUUGGUUGGACAAAAACUACCCAAGGUCAGGAGCUCACCUUUUUGUGAAAUGGACUUGUUGAAUUACCUGAACGAAGCCAUAGAACAGACUGCAGUAACCAGGCUUGAGGAUGCCUCCUUCGCUGCACCAGUCUCAAAGCCCUGCAGCACCUGCCUUGUUUUAACAGCUGAGCUUGUAAUGUCAGAGGUGUCAAGUCUGAUUCGGGGCCAGUUCACAUUCACUGCUUUAGAAAGGGUUGACCAAUGCCUUGUUGUGGGUUGUCCAUUUUUUUUCAGCAGUACCAAACAGUCAAAUCCUCUCAGCGUGCAGUUUUCUGAAGCACCACCUUGCCCUGCAGUGGACCACAUGACGCUUCACGAUGGAGACCCAAAGUACCAGCAAGACCUCCUGUACUGCAUCCUGUGCUCCUUGGACAAACUCCAGGCUGGUGGAUCAUUCAUUCUUCCCAUUUUCUCGUCCUUUACUCGUUUCACAGCAGGGUUGAUACUGGCUCUUCACCAGUGCUUUCACUUUAUAACCUUUAGGUGCCCAACCUCAUCUGAUGCUCUGGGAACAAUUGCUGUCUUGCUAUGCAUCGGUUACCAGCUCCCCAGUCAAAAACUCAUUGGUUUUUUGCAGCAGAUGCAUGACUUGAUGUUGGCCGCUCUGAAACCAGGCUCUCAGCAAGUACUGCAGUUUGUGCCAAUGGAGAUACUGCUGAAAGGGUCAUUGCCUGAGUUUUUAUGGACCAUGAACACAUCAAUCACAAAGCACAGGCUGCAUUUAUUGUUUCAGUCUGACCAGCAGUCACUGAUGGUGACUAGUUAGAUAUUGGAGAGAUCCACCACGGUUACUGCAGCUGUUAGAGGUGUUUAUUUCAACCGACACUAAAAUGAGCUUCCUAUAAUCAUUUGGAGAGGCUAUUUGUGUUAUAUAAUGAGGCUGUUUUUUCAUUAAACUGUUGGUGAAGAGAAUAAGAGAAGAACAUAUAUAUAAUAUGCAAUUGCAAACACAUUAUAAAAGUGAUGAAUGAGUGUUUGCUGUUAAGUGGUUUAUUCAGUCAUGCUAUGGCAACCCUGAUGAUAGAGGGAUUGUCGGUAAUUUUUUGAGAAAACCGUUAAUUUUGUUUUGAGCAAACUUGUGAAUGAACACUGCAUUUCCUUGUUAACUUCAGUGUUUUGGAUUUGCACUAGGCACUGUAACAUUUCAGAAGUUUUUUCCUACUGAGGUUUGACAGGACAGGGUUAUAGAUGCUUAUAAAAUAGAUAAUAGAUUUGUGAAGAUGUUUGUUUGGUUUUUUUAUUGUUCAGACAGUGAGCCCUCCUGUAACAGUAGGGACACACCCAUUACAGAUGCUGCUGUAAACUCCCAGAGAGUACUUAAGUUAGAACAUCUGUUGUAGUUUUAUUUUAUAGGAGGGGGUCAAUAUUUCAUUCAAGCAGUGACUUAUAAUUGUGUCAAUUUGUGUGCAUAUAUUAAGAGUAAUCCACUACAACAUUGCUGUAAUAGUUAUAUCUUAAAUGUUCUUUAAAAAAAAAAAAGUAUAUUUGCACUUCGCAAAUGGUCAUGUUUGUAUAUCAGUUAAGAAAGGUUAUGCAGUAUGCCUGCAUGGCACAGCACAUUGUGCCUGAUUGGGUGGAGGGGACCACAGUUUAAAAAUGAAUUUGAGUCUCUGCAUCUCUCUGUAUGUAAGUGGUGUGAUGGCCAGGGCAGAUAAAAACUGGACCGACGAAAGGUACUGUGCACGACUGACCCGGUAAGUGAAAUCCUCAUGGAGAUUUAGAAAUUCAGUGCAUCACGUCUAAUGUACAGUAGUAGAAUGCAACUAUUAUUUUUGUCAAGAUUGUUUGGCAUCUAACCAGUCUUUUAAAGAGAUGUUUGCUUUAUCAGGAUUGCUUAGAAAGCUGUGCUUCUUAUUGCCAUACUGUAUUUUCAUUUGUAAUCCCAUUUUUUUCUUUUUUUUUUUUAAGAUGUUUUGGGCAAAUAUAAUGUGUGAAGUACAGUAACCCCUCCUGUUUUUUUUUUUGUUCUGUCCAACUGUGUACAUAAU